CAUCAAUAAUCGAAACUGAACCGAAACAAUAAAGGAAUUAUUUAAAAUUCUAACUUAAAAAGUAAUUUUAAAAACUUGCAAUGUAAACAUUAGCAAAGUAAUCUUCUAGGUACAGUUUUGGUUUUAAAAUAAACAUGUCACGAAGACCAAAGAAAUCAGUUUUGGAAAAACGAGCCCGUGAAUUCGUAGUACUUUUGCGAGACUAUUUUGAACGUGAGCAGCAAAAUGGUGGGCCACUACUGCCCCUCACUCGUGUUGUCGAGCGAGUUUCUGAUGCAUUGCAGAUUGGUACGAAUACGGUAUGUCGAAUAACCAGAGAAAAGUACGGUAAAAGUGGAAUGGAAGACAACGAACUCGUCACUCCAAAUAAAGUACGUGAAAGAAGAAAGAGAAAAACCAAUCAGUCAACUAAAUCAUCAGCAGAAGCUGUCAAUAUUAAGGUACCCAAAGAAAGCAAUCCUAGGGUUUAUGGUCUUAGCAUAUCAAAGAGUAAAAACUUAAAUAACACAAGUGUAUCAAGCAUCAAAACAAAUCUUACAAAGAAUCCAAGUAUUCUUAUAAGUUCAAAGAAAAAAUUAAUGCAAAAAACUUUAACACCAAAAUCAGCUCCUAUAAUACAACCUGUUAGCAAUGAGUUACCUAAAAUCUGUAAUCCAAUGGUUAGUGGGUUCGAGAGUACAACAGAAGAAUCUAAAAUAUUGUUUGCCAAAUCUAAUAAAACAAAUAAGAAUCUAUUUAAUGUAACAAGUAUAAAAAGAAAAUGUCAAAACACAAAUUUAUCUUCAAAAUCGCCAUUAGAUCCAGUGUAUAUUGAAGUACCGAAUAUUUUCAGUCCAGCAACAAUUACCUUUAAUACAACAAAAUCUCCUCUUAAAUCUAAUCAUAUUAAAGAUCGACUAAUUAGUCAGACAAGUCCAAAAACAAAAUGUCGGAAAAUGAAUUUGCCCUUAAAAUCACUUUUAGAUCCAAUGUAUAUUGACAUGCCAAAUAUCUUCAAUCCGACAUUAAGUGAUUUUGGCAGUACCACAGAUUCUACUAUGUCAGAUGUCAAAUCAACACAUAAAAAUCAUUAUCAAAUACAUACAACAAGCACCAAAUCGCAACAGCCCACUCAAGACCCAGAUUCAAUAAGACUUAAGUUCAAAGAAGAUUUAGAUGAUAACAUUGUUCUUGUUGUUCAUCCUACAAUUGAUCAUCAUCCUUCUUUAUAUAACAAUUGGUAAGAAGAAUUAAUAAAACCUUACCUUAUU